AUGAUGAUGACCAAAUUCCGGUAUAAAGAGUAUUUUUCACAGUUUCGAAAUGCGAGCGGUAGUUGUAAGGUUCACCCGACGCAAGGCGAGAGGCACAGACAGGACAAUCUCAGCGACGUCACGUCAGAGCAGCAGACGGAUGUGGAUCACUUGUGGGCCGCCAUAAAGAAAGGAGAUAUGCACAGAGUUCAUGAUUUGGCCACUUCCUGUCCUCUCAGCCUGCUCUAUGAGAACAAAGAUGGAUGGAUGCCUCUGCACUAUGCUGCAUACUGUGGACAGACAGAAUGUUUGAAGACACUAUUAAAGGCCCAUCCAGAUUCUGUGGACAAGAGAACGUUGCAGGAACAAACUGCUCUGUUCCUCGCUGUGUCUUGUGAACAUUUGUCAUGUGUACAGUGCCUUCUGCAGUCUGGAGCUGACCCGGACAUUGGAAACAAAUACAAAGAGACCCCAUUGUUCAAAGCUUGUAAACUGCAGAAUGUGGACAUGGUGAGUCUCCUUCUUUCAUAUGGGGCUACGGUGAACCAGCGCUGUAGCCAGGAAUGGACUGCUCUUCUGGAAGCUGUGGCCUGGGGCCACAUCGAAAUAUGUGAGAUGCUACUGAAAGCUGGUGCACUCAUCAAUCCCCCGAACACUUACAGCAUAUCACCGCUCAAUGUAGCAGCCAACAAAGGACAUCUGAGGGCACUGUGCUUCCUCAUUACCAAAGGUGCUGACGUCAACAUGCAAACGUGUGACGGAUUCACUGCAUUGCAUGAGGCCAGUAAAAAUGGCUUUAGGGAAAUUGUGUUGACACUGUUGAGAAAAAAUGCAGACGCAAAUAAGUGUUGUAACUCAGGUCUGCUUCCUCUCCAUGUAGCUGCUCAAUAUGGACACCAUGAAAUUGUGUCCCUGCUUGUCCCUGUGACAAGCCGAGCCAUGCUGCGGCACAGUUGGAUCAGCCCCCUGCACCUGGCAGCUCAGCACAACAGACACUCUGUGGCAGCUGUCCUGCUGCAGACAGGUGCACAAGUCAAUGUGCCCCUGCCCCACACACACUCGGUGCGCUUUGCAGACCACCGUCUCACACCUCUUUACUUUGCUGUGGCCAAUGGAAGCACAGAGACUGCAGAGCUAUUACUGAAAGCGGGUGCAAAUGUGAAUUUAGACCCAGUCAGUCCUCUUCUAAUGGCCAUGAAGUUGGGCUGUAUUCGUUCUGUGAACUUGCUGCUGCAUCAAGGGGCUGAUAAGAGCAGUGCCCUCAGUGUUACCUGCAAUCAAAUGCACGAAAGGCCAAUCCAGUUCUGUGAGUGGCUGUCUUCAUUUGUUAUGAGUAAAUGGGCAGUGCCCAUGAUGGACUUGCUGCUUGAGCAUGUGGCUCAGGUUCAGCUGUGCAGAAAGCUCACAGACAUCCUGGACAGCACAGAGGAAUGGAGAGCUGUCAAGAGGAAGUUAUCGUCACCUCGUCCCCUGAUGCACCUUUGCCGAGUAAAGAUCCGUACUCAAAUACAAGGACAGACCCAACAGUCAGUUGCCAGGCUCCCACUGCCAACAAGGAUACUGUCCUAUCUCAGUAUGACCUGCUGA